UGAAUUUCUUGGCGAGCACAGGUGCUCGAUGCUAUGAGAGCAAAUUCCGUUUUCCCACAGUACUCUUGCCAGCAGCCCACACGGCGAUAGCGCGGAAGUUUAUAAAACUUUUUCACUAAAAAUAGUACUGAAUCAGUUGCGUCCAGAAAAUUUCACCACAUCAAAAAUUUUCAAACAGUUAGUAUUCUUAGCGUGGAACUCCAUCAGUAUCAGUCAACAACUUUUACUAGAAUUGUGCAAACAUCACUUGAAACAGCACAAUUAUAGUUAUCAAGUGCAGAUAAAAUAUCGACAGUCGGGUAGCUAAUAAAGAUUAUUUUAACGAGGUGAAAAUCUCCGGAAACCGUGAUAUUAGCCUUUGAAACAUUUAAUUUAUAAAAUCAGUACCUCGUGUGUUGUAUAUCCGUACUGUAGUGCCGGCGAGAGACUCCUGCUUGAAGAACAAGUGUGAUUUUCCCGUCGCAUUUAACCACAUCUAAUAAAAUGGCUACUUUCGGUGCCCUCGACUAUGGGAUUGUUGUGCUUGUGCUGAUCGUAUCAGCCGGUAUCGGUGUAUAUUAUCGUGUGACGGGCGGAAAGCAGAAUACCACUAAGGAGUACCUGCUUGCUGGACGCCAGAUGUCAAUCCUGCCUGUCGCGUUUAGCCUUAUGACUAGCUUCAUGUCCGCCGUCACUCUGCUGGGUGUAUCGAUGGAAAACUAUCAGUACGGUACUAUGUUCGUGCUCAUCAAUAUCUCGUACGUCUUGUCCACACCGGCAGCUGUCUACCUCAUUCUGCCAGUUUUCUUUCGACUGAAAACUGCAUCCGUAUACGAAUAUUUGGAAUUGCGAUUUGGCUAUGCCACCCGACUGUGCGCCUCUCUCGCCUACACUGUUCAAAUGACACUCUACAUGGGCAUUGUAUUGUAUGCACCAGCACUAGCACUUGAAGCCGUAACAGGUCUGAAUCAAAACUUCUCAAUAAUACUGGUGGGCGUAGUAUGUACCUUUUAUGCUACAUUGGGUGGAAUGAAGGCGGUGCUUAUCACAGAUAUUUUCCAGUCGCUGCUAAUGUUUGUAUCCGUGUUUAGUGUGAUAAUAUUCGCCACCAUCAAAGCGGGAAGCUGGGGUGAGAUCUGGCGUGUUGCAAAUGAAGGUGGCCGCAUCAAUUUUUCGGAUUUCCGUAUUGAUCCAACAGUUCGCCAUACCUUUUGGACACAAAUGAUUGGCGGCAUAAGCACAUACUUAUCCGUGUAUGGCGUCAAUCAGACGCAGGUCCAACGGUUGUUGUCGGUGCGCAAUCUAAAAGCAUCGCAAGCUUCUUUAUGGUGGAACUUACCAAUUUUGAUGCUACUGAGUUGCAGCACCUGUUUCUCUGGACUCUGUAUGUACUAUUACUAUAAAGACUGUGAUCCUUUAUUGCAAGGACGUAUUUCCUCACGGGAUCAAUUGAUGCCACUUUUCGUCGUGGAUACGAUGUCAGACAUACCCGGAUUGUCGGGCCUAUUUGUUGCGGGUAUAUUUUGCGCAAGUUUGUCAACAAUUUCAUCUGCUAUCUCCUCUUUGGCUGCCGUGACUGUCGAGGAUUACAUAAAACCAUUGCUACUGUGGAAAACCAAACAAACUCUAAGUGAUUCCAGAAGCACAUGGUUUUCAAAAAUUUUCAAUCUGAUUUAUGGCGCGGGAUGUAUCGGUCUGGCAUUCCUAGCCGGUUCGUUAACUGGUGUUCUACAGGCUGCACUUUCUAUUUUUGGAAUUGUAGGCGGUCCAUUAUUGGGUCUAUUCACUCUCGGCAUGUACUGCACAUCCGUUAAUCAAAAGGGGGCAAUAACGGGUCUCCUCACCAGCCUGGCAUUUUGCUUUUGGAUUGGUUUUGGUCAACCCAGACCUGCGCCGGUAAGCUUGGAAUUCUCUACCGAAGGCUGUCCGGCGACGCCACCAACAUCAUACGUCACCGACAUCUUCACACAACGACUGUCAACGGCGGAAGCAGCGGAGCCACAUUAUUUCUAUCUCUAUCGAAUCUCAUAUAUGUGGUAUGCGACAAUUGGCUUUCUCGUCACGUUCUUCAUGGGCUUGGUAUGCUCCUGGCUGUACGCCAAGCUGGGCUGGGACUCGAAUGCACACAUCUACACCGACAGCGCGUGCACCACAAUCAAAUAUGAUCUCUUUGUCCCCCCCAUAGCGAGGCGGUUGCGCAAUCGACAAGUGCCCGUUGUAGUGGUGACAGGUACGAGCUCUGAGAUCGGAGGCGAGUCUUCAACACCCAGCAACUUGGAAGAUGAGACGCCAACACCACAAAUUGACACACAUGCAACCGAUCUUAGCAUGCAGAACCUCGAAGGAAGUGAAAACAAUGAGAAAAUGCCCAACAGCAGUGGAGAUAUGGUUUUGCAAAAUGGCAACAAGCAACAUGUAGCCGCCAUAUCUUGAAAUAGACUACUGCAAUUUAUUUGUUUUCAUUAGUAUUGAAGAUGUGGACGCAAUUUUAAACAAAGUUGCGAUUUCAAUUUGUUUCAAUAAAUCAAUCCUAUUGUUUUAGCCAA